UUUUUCACCAGCAUGUGUGAAGUCUCUGAAGACAGGACGUGUCCUCGUGAUGUCUCGCGGUGGGAGGAGUUUUUAUGGAAAAAUACCGUUUCAGGUGGACACUUUUACAGGCGUCGCGAUGCACAUCCGCCAUCAUUCUUUAUUUCUGUCUCUAUUUUUGUCACGCAGUAAGCAGCAGUGACUACUCUCUGCUGCUGAGCAGUUUCAUGAAUGUAUUAGUUUUAAAUGAGCGUCACUUGUCAACUCGUCCUUUCUCACAACAACAACAGGUUCACUCGGAACGAACUCACGCUCAUGGGCUUUUCUGCUAAAAACACUCUCGUGCUCUUUUGUUCUCUGGUUUGUUUUGGAUCAACACCGCAGGCGCAGGAUGAAGUCUCCAGAACGUACGUCAAGGAGGGGGAAGACGCCGUCCUUCACUGCUCUUCUGAAAACAGGCAGAGUCUGGAAUACUCAGUGGUACAGUGGCAGAAUAAAGACAGUAAUGACGUGUUCCUCUACGAGCGUGGAUAUAACUCUGAGGAUGACAGUUCUGAGCAGUACAGAGGACGAGUGUCACUCUUCCACGACAAGCUGAAGAAUGGAAACGCGUCCAUGAUCCUCAGAGACACGAGGAUUGAAGACACGGGGAUUUACACCUGCAGACUCUCAGUAGGCUCAGGACGGUCCAGGACGCAGCUCAUUGUCGGAGCCGUUCAGGCGCCAGUCCUCAAGAUUGUUGAUGUGUCAGAGGCCGGCGUGGAGCUCCAGUGUGUGGUCAGAGGUUCUUCAUCAAAGCCGAGUGUAGAGUGGCAGACGUGUGAAGGAACCUCUCUUAAUUCAGAGGAGCCACUGGUCUCUGAGACACGAGGCCGUUACGACACCACGCUCCUCGUCACUGUGACGGAGACGAAGACCAACUGCUUCCGCUGUGUGGUCAAACAGGAGGACAUUUACCACAGGAUUGACACUAACAUCACUGUGUCAGAGAAACUCGGUACAGUUGUUCACGUGGCUUCAUGGUUUUCUGGAGUUGUCACAGUUACAGUGUUACUUCUGCUGGCUCUGGUUCUGUAUCUGAUCAUCAAAAAACGCAUAAGUCGACGGAACAUGAGGAGAGAAACAGAGGAGAUGAUGAAGAACUUCAACACCUCAGAACAAAACACUCAAUAUGAGAGAAUUGACACCAAGGACAUGAUGAAUGGAUCAGUGAAGGAAGAGGAGACAAGACAGAACAACGGCUCAGAUGAAGGUGAUGAAGACAUCGUACUGGAGAGUUGAAGAACAGAAGUCUAACGACGAUGAGAUGUUGUCCGUGUUUAUUUAGCCACAAAGCUCCCAUUGUGAUACCUUCUCACUGUUCUUCUUCCAGGGAGUCCUGGUCAGGAUCAGCCAUAAAACGCCUGUGAAGGUGUUUUUAGAUAAGACGGAGAAAAACAGUUUGACCCAAUUCAGAGUUCAUUCUGGGAGCUUUUCAAACAAGUCGAGCGGUAGACGUGGUGCUGUACGACAAGAGGCUAGAAACAUACAUAGGUUAGUUUGAGGCCUUGUUCGUAAAAAUCAGCAUAUGCAUUUCCCUCCUGUGGAUAAGAGACAACCAACCUACAGAGAAGAGAUGAAUGUAAAAGCCAUUCACCUUCAUAUGCCUUGAUAUUUGUAGGAGGUGACUCUUUUCUAUACGUGAGCUGUUAAAAAGUGAAAUCAGCUGUAUUAGCGCAUACUUGGUUUUUCUUGAAGUCAAAGUUUUAAAAGCCACGUGUGUCGUCCACAUAUAAAUGUAGUUUAGCUGGAGCUAAAUCGUAUGUUAUCGUAUGUACAGUAUGUUUUUUGGUUUUUUUUACUACUUAACAUUUAUUUCCAUGUGCAAUCAUACAAAGAACAAAUAUACAACAAUCACAUAGCACAUGAUUUCGCUCCACAUUGACCUACAAAUUCAAAUUAUAUUACACGUACAGCAGGAACCGGAUUCAUCUCUUUCGAGCCCAUAUGCAGUCACCCAUGUAUUAACACAGUAUUACCACAUCAAAUACUCCUCUGUAGCUGUAGUAUCACAGGUGUCCACUGAAAGCUCCUGUCCUGAGUUGGAGUUUGGCUGUAAUCAUCAGAAUUACUGAUUUAUUACCAUUACUGAUUCUAAUACUCUCCAUUAAAUACACAUUUUUUACUCUUACCCUUCAUUGUUGGACAGUUGGUAGAUUAACAUUCCUCCAUAACACAGUAAUCAUCUUUUUUGCGAUCAACAGCAACACCCAGAUUAAAUAAGCCUGUUUUUUGAUGAUUGUAUUUCCUGGAGUUUUUCCCAAUAUAAAAAUGUCUGGCACUAUGUUGUUGUUGCUUUUUAAAGUACUUUAUAAAUAAAGUUGGAUUGGAUUGCGCAGAACAAACAUUUAAAGCUGCUCUCAGUAAGGAUGAGCAUCAAGAACUGGCCCUAAAAUGUUCACGUCACAUUUUAGAAUCGGCUCCGCUCGCUUGGAACCUCGUCAGAGCAGGAACUAAACAAAAACACCAGGUGCUAUCACUGAUGGAGAAGCAAUAAAAGAAAAACUGAGCAGAGUCUCGUAGAGCUACAAAAGUGCCUUAACAAAUGAGGAACUUGUCCGUAUGUGUUAUGUUUUCUGUUGUCUUGUUCAUUGUACAUUGAUUUCCUUCAUCGUCUGCACUUUAUUGUAUUGUAAUUGAGUCUUAAAGGUCCACUGUGUAGAAUUCAGGGUUCAUAGUUAAAUGACAAUACACAAUCACAAUAUAUGUGACUGAAAAGUUGAUCAGUGAAGGAGAUUAUUCCUAAUCAGAUUAAGAAAGAGAUAGAAAACUGAACAAUCUUGGUUCUCCAGUGACGUUGAUGAAAUUGACCGGGGUCAUUGAAUGCAUCUGCUGCUCGCUGUCUCUCUCAUGCACUGGAGUUUGUUGUUGUUUGUUGUUUAAAUUUCUAAAUUUCAGACAUAUUUUAAAUAUAUGAGAUAAAUUCAAUACAGAUAUUAGUCUGAUCAUUUUUAAAUGUCCGUUCCUCUUACUUCAACAUGCAACUUCACCCCGAAUGCCAUUAAAUCUACACCCUGGUUCUUUAAAGACUUAUAAAAGGUGUUUGCACUUUUACUGUUUAUGUGUUUGAGGAAAAGUCUAAAGCGUCUCUGUAUUUUGUGAAUCUGUGAAUGUGAAUGAAUAGGUGAUCUUUCAGGGCUGACUGAAUGAAUGUUGACACGUUUCACUGAUGAAAAUAGUUUUUUCAGUGAAAUCGUUUUUGAUUCUUUGUUUCGUGAUCAUGUAAAAAAGAAGAAACAUGUUUUUCUCAAUAUAUUUGUAAUCAUGUAAAAUAAAUAUAUAUUUAUCA